GGGCGGGACGUGGACGGGAGCGCUGGCGACCAUGGGGACCCCGUCGGGGCCAGCCGACGCGGGCCAGCGGGAGCCCCGGGUCUGAGGAGAGGGCAGCGGAGCGGCGGGGGCGAUGACCUCGGUGUGGAAGCGCCUCCAGCGAGUGGGCAAGCGGGCCGCCAAGUUCCAGUUUGUGGCCUGUUACCACGAGCUGGUGUUGGAGUGCACGAAGAAGUGGCAACCAGAUAAACUGGUGGUGGUAUGGACCCGUCGGAACCGACGCAUCUGCUCCAAGGCCCACAGUUGGCAGCCUGGUAUCCAGAACCCAUACCGUGGCACUGUGGUGUGGAUGGUGCCUGAGAACGUGGACAUUGCCGUGACGCUGUACAGGGACCCCCACGUGGAGCAGUAUGAGGCCAAAGAGUGGACAUUUAUUAUUGAGAACGAGUCCAAGGGCCAGCGGAAGGUGCUGGCCACCGCCGAGGUAGACCUGGCUCGCCAUGCGGGGCCUGUGCCUGCCCAGGUUCCACUGCGACUGCGCAUGAAGGCCAAGUCGGUGAAGGUGGUGCAUGCGGAGCUGAGCCUCACCCUCUCCGGGGUGCUGCUGCGGGAGGGCCGUGCCACGGAUGAUGACAUGCAGAGUCUGGCCAGCCUCAUGAGCGUGAAGCCUAGCGAUGUGGGUAACCUGGAUGACUUUGCUGAGAGUGAUGAGGAUGAAGCUGAUGGCCCAGGGGCCCCUGAGGCCCGGGCCCGGGGUCCCCAGCCAGAGGCCUCCCGGGAGCUGAAGACACUUUCUGAGGAGGAUGAGAGCCAAGGACGGCCCUGGCAGACAGCUGCCAGCCCUUCUAGUGCUAAGGAAACCAGCUCUGCCCCUGUGAGUGCUCCCGCACCCCCGGCCAGGGCCUCCCGGGGGCAGGGGGCAGAGCCAGCUGCUAUAACGGGGGGCCAGGUGGGGCCUAAGGCCCCCAGGCCCCCAGGAACUCCACCGGAGACAAGGUCUUCAGUGCAGCCAGGCCCGGACAUCGCCCCCACCCCAGCCCCUCGGCUCCGGAAAGGCUCUGAUGUCCCCAGGAUCCCAGUUCCCCAAGUGGGGGAUGAGGUCCCUAAGGCCUCCGAGACUUCCCCCGCGGAAGUGGGUUCUUCUGGAGAGACCCAGGCCCAGACAAGCCCUCGGGAAGAGACAGAGGUCCAGGGAGCCAAACUGGACUCCGACGUUGAGAAUGGAGGCUCCAGAGAUGCCCCGGGAGGGCGGAGACCCAAGGCUGAGGAGGGCGACUCUGGGGACAGACCAGUGAUGAGUGGGGUAGACACUGAACAGGGCGCAGGAGUCAGAGGAGUGAAUACAAAGAGGUCAGGGGCCACGGAAGAGAGUUCAGAACUUAGCCAAGCGGAUGCUGAGCAGAGGUCAGAGGUCAGAGUGGCUAUGGAGGAACCCCAGGCUGCAGGCCUGCUGACCAAAGAAAGUCUCAGCAUGACUCCUGAGGCUCCUCCGAGGGGCUCUCAAGGGAAGAUGGGGAUCAGGACCCCAGAAGAGGCUCCCACAGGCCCCAGCCCGUCCCUAGAAGAACCUGUUGGGCAUUCCGGGCCUCUCGACAACCUCAGGGACGCAGCAGUUGCUGCAGGACAGGAGACAGAGGAGGGUGCAGGGGUGAGGGGCAGAGCCCCUGGUGCGGGGAGGACUGGCCUGGAGCAGGGCCCCUCUGCUGCAGCAGCAAACACUGGGCUCCAGGUGAGCAGUUUGCAGGGGACCCCAUCACCAGCUGACCAGGGGGUGCUGUCCUGCCAUCCGAGGGCCUGGGAGGCAGAGGUGGGAGACUCAAGGCUCCUGGGAACAGAGACUGAGCUGGCAGAGCAAGAGGUAUUGGGGAUCCAGAAGACAGAUACAGGGGGAUCAAGGUUCUCAGAAAGAGAUACUGGGACAGCAGCAGUGGAGAUGUUGGAGGCCCAAGGGAUAGAGGCAACAAGAUCAGGGAUCCUAGAGCUAGAGGCCACUGGGAUGGCAGAAUUGGGGAUACUGGCGGCCCAGGGAAAAGAGCUGAAGCCUCCAGGAGAGCUGGGGACAGAGGCUGGGAUACCAGAACCUGAGGUAUUGGGGCCCCAGAAAACAGAGGCUGGGGUUUCAGCAGCUCUGGGGACUAGAAGAGCUGAGGCAGACGUGCUAGAGACCCAGGAGCGAUCUGGGGAUACUGGUAUACUGAGAACAGAAGCUGAGAUAUUGGGGGCCAAGAAAACAGAGAUGGGAGGUUCUGGGAAACUAGAGACCGAGGCUGGUGGGGUAGAGGCUGAAAUAUUGGGGAUCCAGAAGAUAGCAGCUGAGUACCCAGAGGUUCUAGAGACAGAAGCCAAAAUGGCAGAGUCUGGGAUAUUGGGGGCCCAGGAGACAGAAGUGGGCGCUCAGGGACAGAUUUCAGGAACAGAGACGGGAACAUCAGAAAUGGAGCUACAGGAGAGCCAGGAGAUAGCGUCUGUGGGUUUAGGUGAUCCUGGGAUUCAGUCUGAGCGAACAGAGGCCCACCAGACAAAAGUGGGGGAUCCAGAAAUUACAGUGGUAGGAACUGAGACAGCAGAAGCUGAGAUAUUGAGGUCUCAGGAGACAGAAAUAGGGGUUUCUAGGGCCUCAGAAAUAGAAGCUGAGAUGUUAGAGUCUGAGCUAUUAGGGGUCCAAGAGGCAGAGGUAGAGGUUUCUGGGGCUUCAGGAACAGAAGCUGAGACAAAGUCUGAAAUACUGGGGACUCAGGAGACAGACAUAAGGGGUUCCAAGGCUGAGACAGUGGAGUCUGAGAUACUGAGAUCCCAGGAGAUAGAGGUAGGGGGCUCCAGGCCCUCAGGACCAGAAGCUGAGAUAGACUCUGAGAUCCAGGAGACAGAAGGAGAGGGUGCAGGGGCUCUGGUAACAGGAAUGAGGACUGUAGAAACUGAGAUUCUGGGGAAGGAGAUGGCAGGUGGAAGUUCCAGAAUUUCAGAGACAGAAGCCGAGCUAGCUGGGACCCAGGAGACAGAAGUGGAGGGUACAGAGAUCCCAGGGCCAGAGACUGGUGAAGCAGAUGACGAGGUACUGAGGGCCCAAGAGUCAGAAGGCACAGUUCCAGGGGCUGAGGAGGGGGCCCAGAAGGAUGGAGUUUGGGGAGUGCUCAAAUAUGAGGCCUUAAAGGUCCCAUUUCAUCAUCAAGAAUUUUUAGGGUCCCAGAACAUAGAGGCAGAGAUAUCAGGAGCACACGAGGCAGAAGCUAAAGUUUUCACUGACCAGGGGAUAGAGGCUAGGAAAUCUGAGGCGUUAGGGGCUCAGGAAGUAGAAAUGGCAGCUUUAGGGGCUCAGGAAGUAGAAAUGGCAGCUUUAGGGGCUCUAGAGAACAAAUCUGGUAUUUUUGAGGCCCAGGAAACCGAGUCUGGGGUCUUAGGAACCAAGAAGGGGAAAGCAGCUGGGGGAAACCUCCCGGAGGCCAGCCUGACGGAGGCACAGGUGGCCAGUGGGGCAGAGGCUGGGGAGCCCAAGCCCACUGGGGCCUCUUCCCCAGAGGAGCCUGAAGAGGACAGGAGGCUGCCAGGCAGCCAGGUGCCAUGUGCCCAGGUCAGCUCCAGCCAGUCUCUGCUGGAGUGGUGCCGGGAGGUCACCGCUGGCUACCAGGGUGUCUGCAUCACCAACUUCACCACAUCCUGGCGCAACGGCCUGGCCUUCUGUGCUAUCUUGCACCGAUUCCACCCAGAAAAGAUCGACUACGCCGCCCUUGACCCGCUCGACAUCAAACAGAACAACAAGCAGGCUUUCGAUGGCUUUGAAGCCCUGGGCGUGUCGCGGCUGCUGGAGCCGGCGGACAUGGUGCUGCUGUCGGUGCCCGACAAGCUGAUCGUCAUGACUUACCUGUGCCAGAUCCGCGCCUUCUGCACCGGGCAGGAGCUGCAGCUGGUGCAGUUGGAGGGCGGGGGCCGCGCGGGCACCUACCGCUCGGUGAACGGGGAGGCGGGGCCGGUGCCGCCGCCCCGGGCGCACGGCUCCUUUUCCCACGUGCGGGACGCGGAUCUCCUGAAGAAGAGGCGCUCGAGGCUGCGGAGCAGCAACUCCUUCUCGGCGGAUGAGCCGGACGCGGGGGCCGCGGGGGCCGGGCCUGCGGGACUUGGUGCAAAGGAAGGCCCGGUCCCUGCCCCCAGCCCUGCCCCUGGCCCUCCGGCUGCCCCAGCCCUGCAGCAGCCCGCUGGUGGGAGUCCCCCCUCAGAGGAGGAGGUACCCUUAAUUCCAGGGGAGGAGUCUGGACUGCAACGGUUCCAGGACACAAGUCAGUAUGUGUGUGCGGAGCUGCAGGCCCUGGAACAGGAGCAGAGACAGAUAGAUGGGCGGGCAGCGGAGGUGGAGACACAGCUGAGGAGCCUCAUGGAAUCAGGUGUCAACAAGCUGGAGGAGGAAAUGCUGAUCCAGGAGUGGUUCACCCUGGUCAACAAGAAGAACGCUCUCAUCCGUAGACAGGACCAGCUGCAGCUACUCAUCGAGGAGCAGGACCUGGAGCGGAGAUUCGAACUGCUGAGCCGGGAGCUGCGCGCCAUGCUGGCAAUCAAAGAUUGGCAGAAAACCGUGGCACAGCAGCACCGGGAGCAGCUCCUGCUGAAGGAGCUGGUAUCCCUGGUGAACCAGCGGGAUGAGCUGGUCCGUGACCUGGACCACAAGGAGCGGAUCGCCCUGGAGGAGGACGAGCGCCUGGCGCGCGGCAGCGGCGCCGCAAGCUGAGCCGGCAGCUGAGCCGGCGGGAACGCUGCGCGCUGAGCUGAGCCCCGGGACCCGGCUGCCUCCGCGGGGCCGGUGCCCGCUCGCCUUGCCAGGGUGCCUGGACGCCCAGCCGGCGGACCCCAACCCUGCGGUGUCCGCGUGCUCCAGGCCGUAUUUAUUUGUCGGUAUGAAUGUGUGCGUGUGUGUCCCCAAUGGCUCAGGGACCUUGGGGGACCAGGACCCUUGCGCCACCCCCACCCCCCAACCCUUCUUGAGACUCCCUAGCAAUAAAGCCGACACCAACA